AUGUCUACCGCCGAAGAGCUCUUGCGGGAUUUCGAGUCAGACGAGGAAGAUCUCCAAGAUCUUCGGCAAGAAGAGGGAGGAGGCGAGGAGGAGCCUCUCAUCGACGAGGAGGAGGAGCAUCGACAGAAAACCGGCCCUGAGGUCACCAACGAGUUCGAAGUCGCCCUCUCGACAGGCGAUGAACUGACGCGAUUACACAAAGUACUACGGGACUAUUACUCGAUUCGAUUCCCAGAACUAGAGACCCUCGUGACAAACUCGAUCGAAUAUGCCAAGACCGUUGCUAUCCUUAAAAAUGGCCCUCUCAACGACAUCAAAGCGCUGUGGACGUCGGCAGACAACAUGGUCGGCGCGCCUCUGCAAUCGGUUCUCGAUAGACCGUCGCUGAUGGUUGUCACUAUGGAAGGCACGACAACUCGAGGACGCGAGAUGACCCCGGCGGAGCUGAAGACGGUGCUUGAUACCUGCGAGAGAAUUUUGAAGCUGGAUCGAGAGCGCACCGCUCUGACGGAAAGCAUCCAGUCUCGCAUGAACCAGAUCGCGCCCAACCUAGCAGCGCUGAUCGGUCCAGAAACGGCCGCUCAGUUCCUAAACCAAACGGGUGGACUAAAGGAGCUGGCGAAGAUUCCCGCGUGUAAUCUGGGUGCUCAGGGCAACAAGAGAAAGGAAGGGCUGGGUCUUGCUACGAACAUUGGCAUCCGAUCACAGGGGUUCCUCUACGAGUCCCCGCUGAUCCAGGACAUCCCGAACGACCUGAAGCGACAGGCCAUCCGCAUUGUCGCUGCCAAGAUGGUUCUCGCUACGCGGGCAGACGUUUCUAAUUUUAGCCCCGACGGGUCAUUGGGCGAGGACUUAAAACAACAGUGCUUCCAGCGGCUGGAGAAACUGACGGAGCCGCCGCCAAACUCCGGUACCAAGGCACUCCCCGCUCCGGAUGACAAGCCGUCCCGCAAGAGGGGUGGACGACGGGCUCGAAACGCCAAGGAAGCGGUGGCCAUGACUGAAAUCCGCAAGGCCCAGAAUCGCGUUGCGUUUGGCAAGGAAGAAGCGGAGGUUGGGUACGGCACUGGCGAGGGUACGGUGGGUCUGGGCAUGCUGGGCCAGCAGAAUGACGGACGAAUUCGCGCUACCCAAAUCGAUCAGAGAACCAGGGCUAAGCUUAGCAAGUCCAACAAGGGAUGGGGCACGGCGACACCCGCCAGCGGCACUGCGUCGUCGUUGCGUACAUUCGGACAAGGCGGUCUGGGAGGCACGGCCAGCGUUCUCAGCGCGAAGGGUCUUCGCAGCUCUGGCAUCGGUACUUCGUUGGGCGCAGGGUCGGCGGGUACCGCGAGUACCAUUGCAUUCACGCCUGUGCAGGGUCUCGAGCUGGUUGACCCGAAGGUUCAGGCCGAAAUGAGCCGGAAACGCAAGGCCGAAGAGGACCGAUGGUUCAAAUCCGGCACCUUCACGCAAGUUGGAGGCAACCAAAACAACAACAAUAAUAAUCAGCGGACAGAUAGCGCAGGGUUCAAAGUGCCGGCAUUGCCUGCCAACAAGAAGGUCGACAUGGGCGAAGGCAAAAUGGCACCGCCUCCGGCGCCAUUGAAGCGGUAA